AUGGGUCAUGCCUCAAAAAGUCAUUCAACCUCAAAUGAGUUCUCGGCUCCUAAGGGAUGGCACGGUAUUGCUUCGUGGACUUGGGAUGCUCAGGAUGAAACGUGUGGGAUCUGUAGAAUGGCCUUUGAUGGAUGUUGUCCAGACUGUAAACUUCCAGGGGAUGACUGUCCUCUGAUUUGGGGUGUAUGCAAUCAUGCGUUUCAUUUGCACUGUAUCCUGAAAUGGGUUAAUUCUCAAACAUCACAAGCGCAUUGCCCAAUGUGCCGUCGUGAAUGGCAGUUUAAAGGAUAAGAGCAUUGACUUUUUCCCUUAAGGGUGACUACUAAACAUUGUAAAUGUGGUGUUGUUAAUUUGAAUAUACUUCAAUUUUACCAUGCAUAUAAAUGUACUGGAUUGUGAUUA